UUGAUAGGUCGUACUUCAUUUGCGCAUUUCAGACAACUUCAAUAUACUCCUCACUAUUAAGUGUUGUCAAAAUAUUAUGCGUUAUGGAAACACUAAUAAGGCUCCAAUAUGAAGGUUGAAUUGUAUAAUGAUAUUGUAGCAAGUAUUCGAAAAUUUCGAGGUUUAUCAAAGGAUUGUAGAGACAUGUUGAAAGAAAAAUAUAGCGAUAUUCCACCUAAUACACUGUAUAGUAUAUUGUCUUUAGAAAUACAGCAUAGAAUGAAAGUUAACCAUGGUAAAUUAUUUGGCAACAAUAAGAACUAUUAUGAUACUUAUGUAGAAGCUGUACAAAAUGGUGAACCCGUUGGGAUUUUAUUAAAAAUGGCAAAGGAAAUUGGAGCACCACCAGCAUUAUUAGCUAGAAAUAUUCUUGAGAAACAUUGUGGAAGAGAUGACCCUAAUUUUUCUAAAAAUGAAGUGAGUAAAUUGUUUAAGGACACUACUCUUAUUCAGGAUAAGGAUCUUGCAUAUGAAAUCUAUUUGUGUAUAUUAUAUGACAAUUUGUAUGGACCCAUAGCAGAUGCUAUUGGAAUUUCUGUAGGCCAGGAGUACGAAUUAAAGCUACAAAAUUAUUUGACAGAACGAAAUCUUGCGUUCCGUAAUGAGGAACACUUACGAUCACGCGGAUACGACAAAACCCCCGACUUUAAGCUUGAAGUACCAAUUGCGGUAAAUGGUUUUGUAAUUAACUGGAUAGAGUCUAAAGCUCGAUUCGGAAAUGCGGAGAUACAUCAGAAAUAUAUUAAAGAGCAAUUUUUGAGUUAUUGGAAUAGAUUUGGACCAGGACUUGUAAUUUACUGGUUUGGAUUCUUAGAUAAUUUAUCAAAACCUAGUGAGAAGAGAUUUGUAAUAAUGGACCACUUUCCAAAAGAUAUUACAUACAUGGAUCCUACUUGCAUUAAACCUACAGCUUGUUAAUUGUAAUAUUCAUACAUACGUGUAUGAUAUUAAAUAUAUAUUUGUACUUAAAUUUAAGACUUGUAUGUACGUAAAUAUAAGACAGUGAUGAAUAGAAGUGCCCACUGAAAAUAUGAGCACUAGCAUGUAUAUACAGAGACUGAAUAGGAGAUUAAAGAACCUAAGGAAAGCCUAAGAUAGAGAUUAGAAACAAAACCAUAGGCUAAGGAAACCUAGAAAGGAACUGUUAACAAAAUUUUGUACAUUAUUUUAAAUAUACUAGAUAUGUAUUAAAAUUCAA